ACAGACACACACACACACACACACAGAGCAGUGCUAAGAUAAAGAGGGUUGGGCUUGUUUCUCAACCCACUCGGCUUUCAGACUUCCAGCUUCAUUAAUGGCAUCCCAGGUCACCGAGCGGCCUCGAAGGUUACUGGCGAUCCCCUCAUCGCUCGCCACCAUGAUCCUGUACCUGCUCGUCCACGUUCUUAUCCUCGCAGGAGGUAAUGUUGACUCACAAACAGCCAACAGGACGGAGGAAGAGCUGAGCAAAGUAGAGGGGAACCAAACACUCAGAGAGUCCCCCGCUAACAACAGUGCAAUAAAACCGGACAACGUGACAUCCAGUUUGUACAAAGAUGAAAAAAGUGUAAUUGAGGAUGAACUUCAAAACAACCAAACGUCUAACGUUAUCAGAGAGGAUGAUGAGAAUUUUCAGGACCAGGAAAAUGAGGUUGCAGGCCAACUUUGCAAAGUGGACAAGCUGGAAGAGUACAGCCACCUCAUUUGUGGUGAAAUAUUUCACUCUGAAAUGUUGUCAAUCAGCACAGAAAACUGGUGUGUGCUGGGUGAUGUAAUCAGACCAUACAACAACAUGACGGUAUGCCUUGAGAUGCUGUCUAAUCUGGUCGGCUGUUAUUACCCAAAUCCCACCAUUCAGGACUUCUUCCUCUACAUCCACUCUAACUACUUUGUCAACUGCUCAAAGGAGGAGGUUCCGCUUGAGGAUGCACCUCAAGGGAUGGUGAUCGCCCUCACUCUCAUCCCUGUCAGCCUCAUCCCCUUACUGGUAUAUAUGGUGGUUUGGAAAAGUAAUGUCCAAGAGUGAGUGGUGUUACACCUGCAAUAAGCCUCAGCUCACAGUACAGGUUUUUUAGAUGUGAGAAUAUGCUUCAGACGUUGCUGUUUAUAUUGAAUAAUAAUCCAGUCUGGUUGGAAAUUAAAAGGAGGGUAAAUUAUGAAUGACAUACACCUAGGUGAAUUCUGGGUGAACUAAAUUUCAAUUAAAAAUGUAAACAUUU